AUGGAAGGCGUCAGAGAUAAUCAAGGAAGGGGGAAUGUUGGUGAGCUAGGUGGUGGUGUAAAUGUUAAUGAAGGCAAUGGUAAUGGUGGAGCAUUUGAUGGCAAAGCAGAAGGGCGUCAAUAUGACUUCUUCAAGCUUGUCCUUCGAUGGCCUCAAUCAUAUUGUUCGAGUUCUACAUUAGUUCGUAAUAGAAUUGGCUGUCAAAGACCAUUCAUAAAAAAUUUUACCAUCCACAGUCUGUGGCCAAUGUAUGAACCCGACGAUUCUGUACCUUCCUACGAGGAAAACAAUGAGUGCACUGACAUCGAACCAGCAAAACCAGAUACCAUUCCGGUUGCAACAGAUGAAAUAAUAGCUGAUAUGGAGAAAUACUGGCCAGAUAUUACUGUCUUAAGUUUCAUAAAAGCAUAUGAUCUCCUUAAAGAACUCGAGAAAGCAUAUAUUUUUCCUGAUAACAAUUACUAUAGCGGAUACGAGAUUAAAGAUGCUCUAAGAACAUUUCUAGGAGUAGACCCUCAAAUCUAUUGCAAUACAGAUGCUAAUGGAAAUACACAACUAUAUGAGAUUGGAGUAUGCUUCCACCGUAAUGGAGAGAAUAUAGACUGUCCAAAUGAUUUUUCUAGAUGUCCAGAUGCGAGAAAGAAAAAACUCUCAAUAAAGUUCCCCAAGCCUUGGUGGUAA